AUGAUAGACUACAAGGAGAGAAGGAAAUGGAAGCAAUGUGAUAAAGAUGAUGAUAUAGAUGAUGAUAAAGAUGAUGAUAUAGAUAAUGGUGUAGAUGAUGAUAUAGAUGAUGAUGUAGAUGAUACAGAUGAUGAUGUAGAUGAUGAUAUAGAUAAUGAUAUAGAUGAUGAUGUAGAUGAUGAUAUAGAUGAUGAUAUAGAUGAUGAUAUAGAUGAUGAUAUAGAUGAUGAUAUAGAUGAUGAAGUAGAUGAUGAUAUAGAAGAUGAUAUAGAUGAUGAUACAGAUGAUGAUAUAGAUGAUGAUAUAGAUGAUGAUGUAGAUGAUGAUAUAGAUGAUGAUAUAGAUGAUGAUAUAGAUGAUGAUAUAGAUGAUGAUAUAGAUGAUGAUAUAGAUGAUGAUAUAGAUGAUGAUAUAGAUAAUGAUAUAGAAGAUGAUAUAGAUAAUGAUUUAGAUGAUGAUAUAGAUAAUUAUAUAGAUGAUGAUGUAGAAAAAAGAUAUAGAUGCUAG